AUGGCUGCUCCGUCAUCGGAUGAAGCGUCGCAAACGCAUGCGGAUCAAAAGGACAUGCUGGACAAGGUAAACACGUUCAAUGGCAGCACAAAUCACUUAGAGGACCUCAAUGAGGGGGCCUAUGACGACUCGAUUGAAGACACCGCGCCCUCGCGAGCAGUAUGGCUAAUCACCUUUACCGUGGCCAUGGGUGGCUUCCUUUUCGGUUACGACACGGGAUAUGUAUCCGCCGUGUUAGUAACUAUAGGCGCCGACCUCGGCCACAAGCUCUCGUCCAAGGAGCAAGAGCUCAUUACCUCCCUGACAUCCGGCGGGGCCCUUAUCGGGGCCUUGAUUGCCGGUCUCCCUGCCGACAAGUAUGGCCGCAAGCUUGGCAUCUAUAUCGGGUGCGCGCUGUUUCUCGCCGGGUCGAUCAUCCAGGCUGCUGCGUUUAAUGUUGCGCAAAUGGCCGUCGGUCGCUUUAUCGUUGGGCUGGGCGUUGGCUCAGCGGCCAUGAUAGUGCCCCUGUACAUCGGCGAAAUUGCCCCUGCAAAGUACCGCGGCCGGAUGAUUGCGUUUGACAAUAUGAGCGUAACACUGGGCCAGCUCGUUUCCUACGGUCUCGGCGCCGCCUUCACGGAUGUGUCUCACGGCUGGCGAUACAUGGUUGCUGUGGGAGGUGUUCCUCCGAUUGUUCUGGCGGCGCUUCUGCCGUUUUGCCCAGAAUCCCCUAGGCAGCUUAUUGCUCAUGGGCACAUGGAUGAAGCGAACCGCGUAAUCGCAAAAGUGUAUCCGUACGCCACCGACGAGCAGGUCAAGGCCAAGACGAACCACAUUCUAUGCACGAUUCGUGCCGAAAACAUGGCCGAGAAGAGUCUUUGGUGGCAAUUCAAACAGCUCCACUGCGUGCCGUCCAACUUGAGAGCGCUGACCGCGUGCUGCGGCGCAAUGGCCAUUUCACAGCUUGGAGGCUUCAAUACUCUGAUGUAUUAUUCCGGCACGUUGUUCGCCCUGGUUGGCUUCGACAAACCGACCUUGGUUUCGCUGGUCGUUGGGGCCACUAACUUUGUCUUUACACUAUUCAAUAUGUUCAUCAUCGACAAGGUGGGCAGGCGCAGAAUCCUGAACUGCACCGUCAUUGGUAUGUCGCUCAGCAUGGCUCUUACGGCCGUUGCAUUCCACUUCAUCCCGGUCUCGAAGGACCUCGUACUCGAAGCAAAGUCCGUAAACUGGGCCGGGACUCUGGUGCUUGCCAUGAUCAUCGUCUAUAUCGGGUUCUAUGCCAGCGGCGUUGCGACUAUUGGGUGGGUCGGCACAGAGCUUCUCCCAACUGAAGUGCGCGCUCUGGGGACCACGAUGAACACCAUCACUUGCUGGGGUUGCAACCUCAUCAUUGCGUCUACCUUUUUGUCGAUGAUGAAGGGUCUCACACCAACUGGCGCAUUCGGCUUCUAUGCAGGCAUCUGCUUCCUUGGUUGGGUGUUUCUUCUCUGCUGCUAUCCCGAAGUCAAGGGGCUGGCACUUGAGGAUGUCAGGCAGGUGUUUGCGGGCGGCUUCGGCGUUCGGAAAGCUGCAGGCAUGCAGAAGGCGCUCAAGGCUGCUCGCAAGCAGGCAAUUGUCUGA